AUGGCCAAUUUAGACCCAAAUAACAUUGGGGAGGAUUGGCUCAAAGUCAGUGAGGCGCGUUAUGAUUCCAUGAAACAUCUGUUACAAUCAGUGAAGCAGGAUAUCGAUGCGCUGACACAAAAGAUUGAUUCCACACAAAAAUCACCUGUUCUUCAACGAGCGACUUACCCUCAGUCACAAACUUCAUCUCGUAUAGAUGAAGCUCAAUGUAUCACAAAUGCUGCUCAACCAACUGGGUCACUCCUAACACAAACCCAAACACCCCCAACGAGUACCACCAUAAAACCCUCGUUAUAUCAGCCAAAUCAACCGGAUUUACUGGCCAAUGUACAUCAGUCUACUUCCACUACCACUGCUAUCAAAACAGAUACUGAGUUCCCAGAGCUGGAUGAGAUGGAAGAAUACAUGGAUAUUCGGAUUCGCAAAGAACGGAAUCCGUUCAGUUUUGCACAAAAUCUAAUUGAUUGUAAUGUAGCCUCAUUGAUCAGUUCUGAUCUACCUGGAAGUGAUUCGGCCGGUGAUGGAGAAAACAAAACUUGGCGUUCCCCUUCCGACUUCAGUUUACGCGAUCCAUUUGAAGAAGAACAGUUGAAUCAAGAAUUUCAUAAUCAAACAAAUAUUCUCAACAGUUCCGGUCCAUCUGGAUUACAAAUGCAAAUGAAGGAAACAGACCUUGAUGAUGUUGAACCUGGUCCGUUUGAUCGAGGAAAUGAAUCUGACGGAAGUUUAUCACCAGCCGUGUCGCCUACAUUUGAAAUUUACGCUGCCGAAACCGUUCAACUAAAAGACAUGCUUCUAUCUAAUGAGGAAACGGUCGCACUGGGAUUAAAACCGGAAGAACCUUUGGAGAAAAAUACAGCGGUGGAAGAUUAUCAGGUUUAUGAAAACGGGCAUUCGUUGACUACAAUAGAUGAAGCAUCGGAAGAAGUAGAAGAUGACUGGUCAUCAUCUGAAUUGGAUUCCUCUUUGGAUAGCAACGAUGAUAAGAGAGAUCACAUGGCUGCAAGACACUCGAGCAAACGUUCUACAGACGGUGAGUCACCUGCCAAGAAAGCGAUCAAUAAUAGUUUUAAAUCCGCCGAGACGCCCUCAGAUCAACCACAUGAUGAAAUACUUAGUUGUCAAUCCCGAACAGCCACACUGAAGAAGGAAGAAAUACCAAAACCAGAAGAAAAUUUUGUGUUUGAUUCAAGCGAGACUAAACUGUUAGAGGUAAAUCAAAAAACGGUUGAGGCUGUGGUUCUUCGACCAAAGCGUAUCGAUGCAGAAGCAGCUUCACCAAACAAACAGCGACAUUCGCAGCGACCAACUUCAAUGGGAUCUCUCCGCAGUACUCUGAAACAGAUUGAGAAGUCUCCCACUGGAUCCUUACACUCUGUUAUUUCUGCUUUCAGUCAAGAAAGCAUGAUCAGUGAGGCGGACUCAUAUGUGACUGUGUGCAGUCGGUUUGCAACCACUGGAAGUGAUGAUAUUUAUACGACUGCAUGUAGUGAUUCCGAACUUCCUGUUUCACCGGGAAGAGUUGGUGGCUCUGCAGACGAUGAAUGCCUCACACUAUCCCGUAAACGGACAAAACUGGCUCGCGAUCAACGUUCCCGAGCUCGGGAACGCCGAGUAGACCGUCUAUCAUCUUCCUCGUCAAACUCAUCCAUUGAGGAACAAGAGAGUCCCCUGACCCCAGAAGGAGAUCGGCACGAACAUGAGCAAAGAGCUGAUGAAACGCUGAUACGAACUCCUCAGGCGCUUAUUGUAACCCCGAAAUUUUCCCGUCUACCAUCAAAAUUAGCCUCACCUAAUGAUAUAUCACAUAACGCUGAUGAUGGAAACCAUCCUGUUGAUCAAGUGUUGAUUGACAGAGAUUCAACAUCCCAAUUCGUCGGUAAGUCAAUGUUUGCUUGA